GCAAGGGCGGAGGCUGGAAGCGAGAGAGCCUGGGCUUUGGGACUCCAGACUGAGGCCAAGGCCAAGAUCGCCAAGACCAGGGGGAGGCAUGCGGGGAGCGGGGCCAGGGGAGAGGGUCCGGGAAACCCGGGAGGCUGUGGCCGAGUGCAGGGCGGCGUACGAAGCGCUCAACAGGUUCACUGCGAGCUACAGGCAGUUGGUGCUGGGAGUCGGCAGCUCGGCGGACGGGAGGAGGCUUCGCCGGGCUCUGGAGGAGAGUGGCCGCCGGGGCUUCGAGCUGAGUCUGGGCCUACGGAAUCAGCUUUUGGCCGAGCUCACAGAACCAGGGGGCAGGCAGGAGGAAGAGGUGAAGAUGGAGCUGGAGCGGAUCUGGGUGCUCUGUCUAUCUGCCCUGGAAAUUUUCCUGCAGGAUCUGGGGCGGGCCCAUGACCUCAGCCAGCUUUUCCCCUUGCCAUCUCCGGCCCCAGGGACCCAGUUGGUCAAUACUGGGGUCACAUCCUUUGGGCCCAAGGGAUGGAGCCUGAGACGGCCCAGUGGGAAGGCCUCUGAAAGAGCGGGGGAGCUGCCUGAAGAGCUGGCCCAAUGGGAACAACGCCUGGAAGAAAUGCUCUUGGAGAUGGAGACCAAGGUCAAUGUACCUGUGUGGAGUGUGGAGGCCACAGUGGAUGGUCUUGGGGCAGAAGAACCUAGCCCUGAGGGUUCUGCUGGGAGAAGUCCUCCGGGAUGCUGUGUCCGGGCUCCACUCAGGCUUCAAUCCCAUUGUAUAGUGGCAUGAAAAGAAUAUAGGCCUAGUGUGGGACAUCUCUCCCCUUCCCCUUGAGGUCAGUAGAAGUCUAGUCUUUGACAGGAGGGGAACCACUUGGAUGGAAGUAAGGCUGAUAAGUCACUUUCUUUCCCAGUUUAAAUCUCAGCAGGAUGUGUGACAACCAGGGGGCAUUAGAAGAGAGAAAUAAAGUCUCUUAACCCCAAGAAUAAGGCUGAAGUGCAGCUACAGAUAUAAAACAGCUGUGAGGCUGGAGAAUAGUGAAGGAACAUAAAACCACACAGCAAAAGGCCCAGGCUCUGGGUCCAUUGAAUUAGCUAUGUCCAAGUCUCACUUUCUCCAUCUGUGGUAGAGGAGCCGUUUGGACCAGCUGAUACAGUUCUAGGAUUCCUUCUGAUUCACAACAUUCUACAGCCUGUGUUCUAAUGUCCUAUCUAGCUCUGACACUGUACGCUGCUUGCUAGAGACUAGCCCAGACUCUGGGGAAUUGUAGGACUAGGCUUCAGCUUAUAGCUCAUUAGUUCCCCAUCAUGCCUCCAGAGAGCCAAACAACACAGCAACAGCUUUUUUAAAAAAACAAAACCAAAUUUAUUUAUACAUUAAUGUUGAGGGCUAGACUAGAGUUUGAGAAAAAAGGAAAACAGUAUGAUAC